GCUUCCGUGUUGACCCACGUUUUCAUGUAGCUCGAUAGAGACGAAGUUAUAGGUUGAUAAAAGUAGUUCUAAAUACUCAGGAUGAGGCCAUUAACAGAUGAAGAGACGAAAAUAAUGUUCGAGAAGCUGUCGAAAUACAUCGGUGAAAACAUAAAACUACUAGUGGACCGGCCUGACGGUACCUACUGUUUCAGGCUCCACAGUGAUCGUGUGUACUACAUGAGUGAGAAAAUUCUUAAACUGGCUACAAACUUUUCCCGGGACAAGCUCGUGUCAGUAGGAACAUGUUUUGGAAAGUUCACAAAGACCAGCAAGUUCCGCCUGCACAUCACAGCUCUGGAUUUUCUGGCGCCCUAUGCAAAGUUCAAGGUGUGGGUGAAGCCUGGAGCAGAGCAGUCUUUCCUCUACGGAAACCACGUGCUUAAGUCUGGGCUUGGGAGAAUCACUGAGAACACUAUGCAGUACCAGGGAGUUGUGGUCUAUUCCAUGUCUGACAUGCCUCUGGGCUUUGGAGUGGCAGCCAAGUCUACACAGGAGUGCCGGCGAAUGGACCCCCUGUCCAUUGUAGUGUUCCACCAGGCCGAUGUCGGAGAGUUCAUUAGGAAUGAAGACACGUUAACAUAAAGCUGCAUCAACAACAGGACUGUCAAAUCCCCCCUCUUCAUUACCGCUUUCUUAUCCAGUAACAGUCACUGAAAUUCAGACCCAGAACAGCUGUGGUUUUCUUUUAACCUUGAAGUGGUAGGAUAUAAGCACCUGGUUAAAGAGCACCUCAAUAGGUGUUACAACUGGCCCAUAUUUCCAAAUCAGUCUAGGGACUGAAAUAAAGACCUGUAUUGACUCACUUUGGGAUACCGCUAAGGUGCCAUCUACAGGAUUUAUUUGUCACAGAGCCUCUUGAUAUUCCACUCUUGUCAAAAUGAUGCGAGUGUUUAUGUGAGUAUCUCUCUUGUAAAUGUCAUUUUUCAAAUAAAUUCAUGUCUUUGUAUUUA